CCGAUCUGAUGAUGAUUCCGGGUCAGCAUCAGGUUCUGGAUCUGGUUCAAGCUCUGGAAGCAGUAGUGAUGGAAGCAGCAGUCAGUCAGGCAGCAGUGACUCUGACUCUGGUUCAGAGUCAGGCACUCAGUCAGAAUCGGAGUCUGACACCUCUAGAGAGAAGAAACAAAUUGAAGCUAAACUGCCCAAAGUUGAUGGAUCUGAGUUUUGGAAGUCUAGUCCAAGUAUACUUGCUGUGCAAAGAUCAGCAGUGCUCAAGAAACAGCAGCAACAACAAAAGGUCACUUCAUCAGACAGUGGUUCAGAAGAGGAAUCAUCAAGUAGUGAAGAUUCUGCAGAUGACUCAUCCAGUGAAACCAAGAAGAAAAACCAUAAAGAUGAAGACUGGCAAAUGUCGGGAUCAGGGUCAGUAUCGGCAACUGGUUCCGAUUCUGAAUCAGAGGAAGAUAGGGAGAAGAGCAGUUGUGAAGAGAGUGAGUCUGACUAUGAACCCAAAAACAAGGUCAAAAGCCGGAAACCUCCAAGCAGAAUUAAGACCAAAAGUGGGAAAAAGAGUGCAGGACAGAAAAAGAGGCAACUUGAUUCAUCAGAGGAGGAGGAAGAGGAUGAUGAUGAUGAUUAUGAUAAGAGAGGAUCUCGUCGCCAGGCAACGGUCAAUAUUAGUUACAAAGAAGCCGAAGAAACCAAGACAGAUUCUGAUGAUUUGCUGGAAGUUUGUGGAGAAGAUGUCCCACAAACUGAAGAAGAUGAAUUUGAAACUAUAGAGAAGUUCAUGGAUAGUCGAGUUGGCCGAAAAGGAGCCACUGGUGCUGCAACCACCAUCUAUGCAGUUGAGGCAGAUGGUGACCCAAAUGCUGGAUUUGAGAAGUCAAAGGAGCCUGGAGAAAUACAGUAUCUUAUUAAAUGGAAAGGCUGGUCGCACAUCCAUAACACUUGGGAAACUGAGGAAACACUGAAGCAACAAAAUGUUAAAGGGAUGAAGAAACUGGACAACUAUAAGAAAAAAGAUCAAGAAACAAAACGAUGGCUGAAAAAUGCUUCUCCGGAAGAUGUGGAAUAUUAUAACUGCCAGCAGGAGCUUACAGAUGAUCUACAUAAACAGUAUCAGAUAGUGGAAAGAAUAAUUGCUCAUUCAAAUCAGAAAUCAGCAGCUGGUUAUCCAGACUACUAUUGUAAGUGGCAGGGUCUGCCUUAUUCAGAAUGUAGCUGGGAAGAUGGUGCGCUCAUUGCCAAGAAGUUCCAGGCACGUAUUGAUGAGUACUUUAGCAGAAAUCAGUCCAAGACCACUCCCUUUAAGGACUGCAAGGUUCUGAAACAAAGGCCAAGGUUUGUUGCACUGAAAAAGCAACCAUCUUACAUUGGAGGACAUGAAAGUUUAGAGUUAAGAGAUUAUCAGUUAAAUGGAUUGAAUUGGCUUGCUCACUCAUGGUGCAAAGGGAAUAGCUGCAUUCUUGCAGAUGAAAUGGGUUUGGGUAAAACAAUACAAACAAUUUCUUUUCUGAAUUACCUGUUUCACGAGCAUCAACUCUACGGGCCUUUCUUGCUGGUCGUGCCACUCUCUACCUUGACUUCAUGGCAAAGAGAGAUUCAAACUUGGGCUCCUCAGAUGAAUGCUGUAGUUUACUUAGGAGAUAUAACUAGCAGAAAUAUGAUAAGAACGCAUGAAUGGAUGCAUCCACAAACAAAACGAUUAAAAUUUAACAUACUUCUAACAACAUACGAAAUUCUGCUGAAGGAUAAGUCAUUCCUUGGUGGUCUGAAUUGGGCGUUCAUAGGAGUUGACGAAGCUCAUCGUUUGAAAAAUGAUGACUCUCUUCUGUACAAGACUUUAAUAGACUUUAAGUCUAACCAUCGUCUUCUUAUUACUGGAACCCCUCUACAAAACUCCCUCAAAGAGCUUUGGUCUUUGUUGCACUUCAUCAUGCCAGAAAAGUUCUCCUCCUGGGAAGAUUUUGAAGAGGAGCAUGGUAAAGGGAGGGAGUAUGGUUAUGCAAGUCUUCACAAGGAGCUUGAACCAUUUCUGCUGAGAAGAGUUAAAAAAGAUGUAGAGAAGUCUUUACCUGCUAAAGUUGAGCAAAUUCUGAGGAUGGAAAUGAGUGCGUUGCAGAAGCAAUACUACAAGUGGAUUUUAACAAGGAAUUAUAAAGCCCUCAGUAAAGGUUCAAAAGGCAGUACCUCAGGCUUUUUGAACAUCAUGAUGGAGCUCAAGAAGUGUUGUAACCAUUGCUACCUCAUUAAACCACCAGAUGAUAAUGAAUUCUAUAAUAAACAGGAGGCCUUACAGCAUUUAAUUCGUAGCAGCGGGAAACUGAUACUUCUUGACAAGCUACUGAUUCGUCUGCGAGAACGUGGCAACAGAGUUCUGAUUUUCUCACAGAUGGUGAGGAUGCUGGACAUCCUAGCAGAAUAUCUAAAGUAUCGUCAGUUUCCGUUUCAGAGACUUGAUGGAUCAAUAAAAGGGGAAUUGAGGAAACAAGCACUGGAUCAUUUUAACGCAGAAGGAUCAGAGGACUUCUGCUUUUUACUGUCUACCAGAGCUGGAGGAUUAGGUAUCAACUUGGCAUCUGCUGACACUGUAGUUAUAUUUGAUUCUGACUGGAAUCCACAGAAUGAUCUGCAAGCACAGGCUAGAGCACAUAGAAUUGGACAGAAGAAACAGGUUAAUAUUUAUCGACUAGUCACAAAAGGAUCAGUAGAAGAAGAUAUUCUUGAAAGAGCCAAGAAGAAGAUGGUGUUAGAUCAUUUAGUGAUUCAGAGAAUGGACACUACAGGGAAAACUGUACUACAUACAGGCUCUACUCCUUCAAGCUCAACACCUUUUAAUAAAGAGGAGUUAUCAGCGAUUUUGAAGUUCGGUGCUGAGGAACUUUUUAAGGAACCUGAAGGGGAAGAGCAGGAGCCCCAGGAAAUGGAUAUAGAUGAAAUCCUGAAGAGGGCUGAAACUCGGGAAAAUGAGCCAGGUCCAUUAACUGUAGGAGACGAGUUGCUUUCACAAUUCAAGGUGGCCAACUUUUCCAAUAUGGACGAAGAUGAUAUUGAGUUGGAACCAGAACGAAAUUCAAGAAACUGGGAAGAAAUCAUUCCGGAAGUCCAGCGGCGAAGAAUAGAAGAGGAGGAAAGACAGAAAGAACUUGAAGAAAUAUACAUGCUCCCGAGGAUGAGAAACUGUGCAAAACAGGUGAGUUUUAAUGGAAGUGAAGGGAGGCGCAGUAGGAGCAGAAGAUACUCUGGAUCUGAUAGUGACUCCAUCUCAGAAAGAAAACGGCCGAAAAAACGUGGAAGACCACGAACUAUUCCUCGAGAAAAUAUUAAAGGAUUUAGUGAUGCAGAGAUCAGGCGGUUUAUCAAGAGUUACAAGAAAUUUGGUGGCCCUCUUGAAAGGUUAGAUGCUGUAGCUAGAGAUGCUGAGCUAGUUGAUAAAUCAGAGACAGAUCUUAGACGUUUGGGAGAGCUUGUACAUAAUGGAUGCAUUAAAGCUUUAAAGGACAAUUCAUCUGGACCAGAAAGAGCAGGUGGGAGACUUGGGAAAGUUAAAGGCCCAACAUUUCGAAUCUCAGGAGUACAGGUGAAUGCAAAGCUAGUCAUCUCUCAUGAAGAAGAGUUGGCACCAUUACACAAAUCCAUUCCUUCAGAUCCAGAAGAAAGGAAAAGAUAUGUCAUCCCAUGCCACACCAAGGCUGCUCAUUUUGAUAUAGAUUGGGGAAAGGAAGAUGAUUCGAAUUUGUUAAUAGGCAUCUAUGAAUAUGGUUAUGGCAGCUGGGAAAUGAUAAAAAUGGAUCCUGAUCUCAGUUUGACACAGAAGAUUUUGCCUGAUGAUCCCGAUAAGAAACCCCAGGCAAAGCAGUUACAGACCCGUGCAGACUACCUCAUUAAGUUACUGAAUAAAGACCUUGCAAGGAAGGAAGCACAGAGGCUUGCUGGUGCAGGCAAUUUAAAGAGGAAGAAAACAAGAACUAAGAAGAAUAAGGUGAUAAAGGCUGCAAAAAUAAAAGAAGAAAUAAAAAGUGAUUCAUCAUCACAAGAAUCGGAAAGAUCUGAUGAAGAUGAUGAUGAGGAUAACAAGGUAAGUGAAAUCAAAUCUGAAAGUAAAGAAAAAAUGAAAAAAAUUCCAUUGUUGGAUACUCCAGUUCAUAUUACUGCAACUAGUGAACCAGUUCCUAUAUCAGAAGAAUCUGAGGAACUGGAUCAGAAAACUUUCAGUGUGUGUAAAGAAAGAAUGAGGCCUGUCAAAGCAGCACUGAAACAACUGGAUCGACCAGAGAAGGGCCUUUCUGAAAGAGAGCAGCUGGAACAUACUAGACAGUGCCUAAUCAAAAUUGGGGAUCACAUUACUGAAUGUCUAAAGGAGUACACAAAUCCUGAACAAAUUAAACAGUGGAGAAAAAAUUUGUGGAUUUUUGUGUCUAAGUUUACAGAAUUUGAUGCCAGAAAGCUGCACAAACUGUAUAAACAUGCAAUCAAAAAACGCCAAGAGUCUCAGCAACACAAUGAUCAGAAUAUUAGCAGCAGUGUGAAUACGCAUGUAAUUAGAAACCCAGAUGUGGAAAGACUGAAAGAGAAUACAAACCAUGAUGACAGUAGCAGGGAUGGUUACUCUUCUGAUAGACAUCUGUCACAAUACCACGAUCAUCAUAAAGACAGGCAUCAGGGAGAUGCUUACAAGAAAAGUGACUCUAGGAAAAGGCCCUAUUCAGCUUUCAGCAAUGGAAAAGAUCACAGAGACUGGGAUCACUACAAACAAGACAGCAGAUACUACAGUGAUAGUAAACAUAGGAAGUUAGAUGACUACAGGAGCAGAGACCACAGAUCAAACCUGGAAGGAAGUUUAAAAGACAGCCGGUCUCAUUCCGAUCACCGCUCCCAUUCAGACCACAGGAUACAUUCAGAUCACCGUUCCACUUCAGAGUACAGCCAUCAUAAAUCUUCUAGAGAUUACAGGUACCACUCAGACUGGCAAAUGGACCACAGAGCUUCAGGUAGUGGCCCACGGUCACCAUUAGAUCAGAGGUCUCCUUAUGGUUCAAGAUCUCCCCUAGGACACAGAUCUCCAUUUGAACAUUCAUCUGAUCACAAAAGUACACCUGAACAUACAUGGAGUAGCCGGAAAACAUAACAAAGACUGACAUUUUCUGGACCUUCGUUUAGCCAUAUACAGUAAACUAACACAGUAAUUGCCUUACAUGACUUGAAAGAUACAGACUGGAUAUUCUAUGAGUAGCAGUAUUGUUACUUCUUUCCAGGAUGCAAGGUCUAUUAUCCCAACAGAAGAAAAAUAUUUUUGUAUUUAAAGUUUAUGCUGCACUGUGCUGCAAUUGCUGUGGCACUCUUUUUUAGAAAUGGAAGAUGUUUACUUUUACAGGGACCUCAACACUGCCCCUUUCAGACUGGAUCUUACUAUAAAACUCUUCAAGUCAAAAUGAUUUCAGGCUGAACACAUUUUAAGUUAUGUUUGUAAAUGAACUUUAAACACUGACCUGUGCUCAUAUUUCAGGAACGAAUGGGGAGAUAAUUUUCUUUUGUUUUUUAGUAAAGAACUCUGAAGGACUUUGUUCACUUUCCAAAGCUAUUUGUUUACAUUGUACACUGCGACCACCUUGCCGCUUUUCAUCACAAGCUUGAAUAUUUAAAAUCUGUACCUAUAACUGUAAAAUAGCCAGGAUUUUUCCUGUUUGUGAUCAGUUAUAAUGCCUUUUUACAAAACAAACAAAAUAAUAAUAAUUAAAAAAACAGAACACAAAAAAUGGCUGUAAAUUAUUGUAAAUUAAUUAAAUGAGCUUUU